AUGGCGUGGCUCAGUGCAGCGGUUGAUAAAGCUGGUGGCCCUUUCUCUCCCAACAAGUCCACGCUUCAAAUCUUAGCCUUCGAGGCAGCGAAAACUAUGUCUCGCCUUGUCGCACUUUAUAAGUCUUUGUCUGAUGAUGAGAUGUUUAAACUCCGGAAAGGUCCCAUGAAAUCCCUCGGCGUUGCGUUUUUGAACUCCAUGGAUGAAAGCUAUCUUCUUGGCCUUGCGUGUAAAGAGAAGCUCGAGGAUCUGGGUCAUGCCGUUGUCGUAGUUUCUCGUCUGAGUAAACAAUGCAUCGGUGACGAACUCAACAGGUUUGAAAUCGCUUACCACAACAAGAAACAGGGAAUUAUUGAUGUCGGCAACGUUGAUUUUAACUCCAGAAAUGUUGGAAAAGCCAUUGAAAAGAUGGAGAAAUACGCGAAUGCGACAUCUGCUCUACACGCAUCAUUGGUUGCCCUCAACGAAUUGGAAGUAUCAGAGAAGAAAAUGCAGAAACCGAAGAUCAACAUUGAUUACUUCAACGAGGAAAUCAAUUUCCAAAGAAAACAGGUUCUACAUUUCAGACAAAUUUCCCUGUGGAGCCAAACAUUUGAUACAAGUGUUGGGUUAAUGGCUCGAAUCGUCUUCGUGAUUUACGCUAGAAUAUGUACCAUUUUUGGACCCUUUGUUCCAAGUCUUACAUGCAUCUAUAUUCCAAAAAGAAAAGCUUUACACAAGAAGGUUUAUCCAGAGACCAGUUAUUGCCUCCUCGUAGAUAAAGAGAAGUACACGGAACAUGCCUCAAAAUCAGGUCCAAUCAUGAAAGCUUCCUGGACCAACCCAAGACCAGACGUUCUCACAGUGGCCAACUAUGUCUAUCAGGUCCAAUCAUGA